AUGCACCCAGCGCUCGGCAACCCCCGCUCGGUCUCGUCCUCGUCCGGCUCCUUCCCACCGCCCCCCGCCGCUGCCCGGCUGCAGCCCCUCUUCCUCCGGGGGGGUUCCUCCCGCGGCCGGAGAGGCUCGGGCGACAGCAGCACCAGCACCAGCACCAGCCGGGGGGGAGGCGGCGGCAGACGCGGCGGGGGCGGCGGCGGCUCCCCCAGCAGUAGCACCGGCGCCGAGAGAGAGGACGACGACGAGAGCAUCAGCAUCAGCAAGCCGCUGGUGCCAGCCGCCGCCGCGGGCCUCCCGGGACCCCCGGCUCAGGGGGGCGCCCAAGCCGCCGACCCCGCGCCCGCCGCCUUCUCCUCCUCGGCCGCCACCUCCUCCUCCACCUCCACGCCCACCUCCUCCUGCAGCAUGACAGCCGCGGACUUCGGCGGGGGCGCUGCGGCCGGGGCCGUCGGGGGGCCCGGGGGCCGCUCGGCCGGGGGCGCGGGCGGCACCGGGACCGGCAGCGGCACCUCCUGCUGUUCGUGUUGCUGCUGCUGCGGCCGUCCGGCCCGGUCGGGCCGCAGGGGUCGGCGCCGAGGCUGCGCCCCCAGCCCGGGGUGCCGCUGGGGCUACCAGGCGCUGUCCGUGGUGCUGCUGCUGGCACAGGGCGGUCUGCUGGACCUGUACCUCAUCGCCGUCACCGACCUGUACUGGUGCUCCUGGAUCGCCACCGACCUGGUGGUGGUGGUGGGCUGGGCCAUUUUCUUCGCCAAGAACAGCCGGGGCCGUCGGGGCGGCGCGGGGAGCGGCGCGCACAACCACCACCAGCACCACCACCACGCCGCGCCGCCUCUACACCUGCCCGCCGCCUCGGCCGCCUCCGCCGGGGCUGCCGCGGGGGCCAAGGCGCGCGGCGGCCGCGGGGGCGCAGGUGGCCCGGGGGGCGGCCCGGGCGCUGCCGGGGCAGCGGGCGAGUUCGCCUUCGCCUAUCUGGCCUGGCUCAUCUACUCCAUCGCCUUCACGCCCAAGGUGGUGCUUAUCCUGGGCACGUCCAUCCUGGACCUCAUCGAGCUGCGCGCGCCCUUCGGCACCACGGGCUUCCGCCUCACCAUGGCACUGUCCGUGCCCCUGCUCUACAGCCUGGUGCGGGCCAUCAGCGAGGCGGGCGCCCCCCCUGGCUCGGCGGGACCCCUGCUCCUGCAGCCCCAGCAGCACCGAGCCGCCGGCUGCUUCCUGGGCACGUGUCUGGACCUGCUCGACAGCUUCACCUUGGUGGAGCUGAUGCUGGAAGGCCGCGUGCCGCUACCCGCGCACCUGCGCUACCUGCUCAUCGCCGUCUACUUCCUCACCCUCGCCUCGCCGGUGCUCUGGCUCUAUGAGCUCAACGCCGCAGCAGCAGCUUCGUCCUGGGGCCAGGCUUCAGGGCCGGGCAGCUGUAGCCGCCUUCUGCGCCUGCUGGGCGGCUGCCUGGUGGACGUGCCCUUGCUGGCGCUGCGCUGCCUCCUGGUGGUGAGCUACCAGCAGCCGCUCUCCAUCUUCAUGCUCAAGAACCUCUUCUUCCUUGGCUGCCGCGGCCUGGAAGCCCUAGAGGGCUGUUGGGACCGGGGGAGUCGGGCCUCCCCCAGUCGGGGAAGAGGGGGCUACGGCCCUCCGCCCUCUGCCCCGCCACCGCCACCACCACCACCACCACCACCUCAGGGAGGCUCCCAGCUGGGCCAUUGCAUCUCGGAGAACGAGGGGGGUGCCCAUGGCUAUGUCAAUACCCUGGCCGUGGCAUCCCAGAAUUGA